CUCAGCAACGCUGCCAGUCACGUUCUCAUGUUUAGAGCAGAAAAAUAAGAUAGAUCCUAGGAUAUCUCGAUUUUGUCUUCCUAUUGGAGCAACUAUCAAUAUGGAUGGGACAGCUUUGUAUGAGGCAGUAGCAGCCAUUUUUAUUGCUCAGCUUCGGAACGUCCAUCUUAAUGUUGGUAAAAUCGUCGCCAUCUCUGUAACUUCUACAGCAGCUAGUAUUGGAGCCGCUGGGAUCCCUCAAGCUGCUCUUGUCACCAUGGUGUUAGUACUUAAUGUGGUUGGCCUGCCACCAGAGGACGCUGCUCUUGUAUUUGUAGUGGAUUGGUUUAUAGACCGUUUUCGGACAGCAGUCAACGUUUUGGGAGAUGCAUUUGGAGCAGCAAUAGUGGCACACCUCAGCUCACAAGAUCUCCAAGAACUGUCCAAAGAUACCAAGCAAACAUUGAAUGAAAAUACUAAUACUGAUAUAAACAUCUAAUUUUAAAAGUC